AUGGAAGUAUUGGGUCGUAGGGGGCGCGGCAUCAUGUCGCUUGCCGCAUCGUUCUCGGCACCCACCGCCUUUGCAUCUCUUGAAGACACUGGCGCCGUUACUUUAUGGGACACGCGGCUGAAGCGGAAGGACUACAUGUGCGUGGACGACGGUGCGAUAAAAGGCAAUGGGGAGGCUACAGAGUUGUUGCUCGCAUCGGACAGGCAUAUGGCCGUAGUUCUGGCGGAGAAUAUUGUCAUGGCUUAUGACCUUCGCCAGCAGACUUUGCUUCAUUCCUUCAAGCAUGUCUCUGAGGUUGUCGCUUUCCUUAGCGGCACCCACCCGCAUGGGGCCUCAACGACUCUCAUUGCCGAUGAGAAUGGUGCUAUUAUUCCCUUUGAUUUGUCUCAGUUUGCCCCAACGACAUGUGUCUCAGAGCGUUAUUUUGGAGUAGAGAAGACGUUAUCAAAGCCGUCAUUUGGUUCCUUGUCCAAUUACUGCUGUGGUCUUGGUUUAUUGCAGGUAAAACAAAGACAGGGAGUGUGUGCCCUUGGAAUGGAUGGCAGGGGAGCAUUUUACAUGGAUCCCAUUGACCCACCAGUUGAAUUUUGUCUGAUGGAUGACUUGGCGACCGCGAGGGGGCAAUUUGUGAAUCCACCUUUGCCCACAACCUGUCAUUUUUUAGGGGAGUACAUUGCCACGGGCAGGGCAAACGGCAUUUACUCCAUUGCUACCGUGGAUGCGGACGAUAACUCCGUUGUUGAGGUUUUUGCAGCACCUGGUCAUGCAUCCAACGGCUUGUCUGUGGUGUUGUGGACGCAUGACGGUCAUCUGAUGACAUGUUCCAUCUGUGGGGAAGUUUCCAUGUGGGAUGUGAUGCCGCUUCUGCUCCAGGAUCCACCCGUGGAUGAGACAGAAGAGGGAGAACUACCGUCUCUAGAGAAGGCUUGUAAUGUGCGCGAGACCACCAGUCAUCAUUCCGUGGUGAAUUGCGGGACGAUCCUCGGCUCUGGGGUGUUUCUUGCCGGCGACACGAUGGGGUUUGUGACGUCAUGUCCAAUUUUGCAGGCAUGA